UUGUGAUAAACCUUAUCACAUCGUCCGCAUAUAGAAGAAUCUUUUUCGUGUGCCCUUGAGCUCAAAAACCACAACAACACUCAGAUUUCCUAAUACCAAUACCUAAUGGCUCCAUAAACAUUGCAAAUAAUAAUGGAGCCUCGUGCCUUUUUCCAGAUAUAAUUUUCCCGAAAGUGCCCCAUUUAUAUUUAUUCUCGCAGUUGGUGACGAAUAUAUUGUUUUACAAGCAAAAAGAAGAAUAAAGCUGGCACUACCUCUUUAAAGUCCUCAAACACUGUAUCCUCCAGUGAUGCAUUGCUACUGCUUCAUCUCUGUGUGUGGUGGCAGCGGUGCUGCGUCCCGUGACCAGUGAAGAUAAAUCCAAGCAAAAAGAGAAAGUCGGACGGCAGCUCGCUGUGUUCCACGAUGCUUUAUUCAGAUACAAUGGGUGCAAACGUCAUACAGGCAACAUGAUAAAGUGAAGUUUCAUGAUAUAUGCUGCUUCCGGUUCAGUAACUAUGAUGUGGUGCGUGCGUGCGAGGCUAAUAUACGUCAGCACUGUGUCGUCACCACGGCAACUAGUACAACAUAUGCCGGUGCAUGCGCACAUCAGUGCUGCUGACAGACCAUUACUAUACAAGUUUGGCCUUCCUACUGCAUGUGCAGUUAGGCUCUUCUGUCAAGUUGGUUUGUUACUUUACCAACUGGGCGCAGUACUACCCUGCUCCAGCAACAUAUAUGCCAGAUAAUGUUGAUCCAUGCAUGUGUACUCAUCUGAUUUAUGCUUUUGCUACCAUGACCAACAACCAGAUUACUACAUUCGAAUGGAAUGAUCCUACACUAUAUGCCUCCUUUAAUGCCCUCAAGAAAUACAACAGUGAACUGAAAACUCUUCUCUCUGUUGGAGGCUGGAACUAUGGAACUUCUGGGUUUAAUACCAUGGUAUCCAGUUCAGAAAACCGUCAGACUUUCAUCACCUCUGUCAUUAAAUUUCUGAGACAGUAUGGGUUUGAUGGAUUGGACAUUGACUGGGAGUAUCCAGGGGACUCAGACAGAGGAAGUCCACCACAAACUCAGCAACAGUUCUCUGUUUUGCUUCAGGAAAUGCAUGAGGCAUUUGUGCAAGAAGGAAGUCAAACCAACAGGCCUCGUCUUCUAAUGUCUGCUGCUGUGUCUGCUGGCAAGUCCACUAUUGAAAAUGCAUAUCAAAUUCCACAACUAUCUGAGUACUUGGACCUUAUUAAUGUAAUGACAUAUGAUUUACGUGGCUCAUGGGAAGGAUUUACAGGAGAGGAUAGCCCUCUUUACCAGGGCCCAGCUGAUCAGGGUGGUUAUAUCUAUUUUAAUGUGGAGUAUGCUAUGAAUUACUGGAAAAAUAAUGGAGCUGCACCAGAAAAACUAAUGGUCGGAUUUCCAACCUAUGGACGAACAUUUGUACUCUCCAACCCCUCUAACACUGGACUUGGUGCCCCUACCUCUGGUGGAGGUCCUGCCGCUCCAUAUACACAGGAGGCUGGAUUUAUGGCAUAUUUUGAGAUCUGUAGUUUCUUGAAAGGUGCUACAGAGGUUUGGAAUGCCCCACAAGCAGUCCCCUAUGCUUACAAGGGAAGUGAAUGGAUUGGAUAUGACAACCAAAAGAGUUUCCAAAUCAAGGCUGAAUGGCUACUGAAAAAUAACUUUGGAGGUGCAAUGGUGUGGGCCCUUCCUUUGGAUGACUUUAGUGGCACUUUCUGUGGUCAAGGCAAAUAUCCUCUAAUGAACACAUUGAAAUCGGCUUUGGGCAUCUCUUUCCCAAAUUGUAACACACCAACAAUAACAGCAGCACCAAACACAGCAGCAGCUCCAACAACAGCUGCAGCAGCAGGUCAACCAGGUAGCAGCAGUUUCUGUGUUGGCAAAUCAAAUGGACUUUAUCCCAGCCCAACUAACAAAAGUAAAUUCUACAACUGCCUGAAUGGAAAUACCUACCAGCAGUCCUGUCAGUCAGGCUUAGUUUUUGACACCAGCUGCUCUUGCUGUAACUGGGCAUAAAAGCAAGAAGUGGGUUUUUGUCAAUAAUUUUUAAUGUUAAAUAAACAUUCUGGCCAUUU